AUGCACGAGUUUGUUGAACUUUUGAAAACAAACCCAGUUGGAUUACUUUCGCAAGAAGUUCUGGAGUCCAGAGAACCACUAAGUGUCGUGAAAGGAUACUUUGACCAGGUCAUUCAGCUUAAUAAAAAUGAUACAGAAUCUAAAACCACACUAGAUGAGAUUGUUGUCGAUGGUUUAGAUGCAAACCAAGUUUGGUGGCAAUCUAAAAUCGUGCUAGAUAAUACACAAGCUGGAUUAAUGCACAAAAUCUCUUCAUUAUCUGUCCACGAUGGUGAGAGUAACGAAGAAGAUAGCGAAGAAGAUAGCGAAGAAGACGAUGAGCAGGAAGAGGAUAAUGAGGACGCAGCACCUGUCGGAUCCGACGAUGAGUUAUCAAAUGGCUUUUCUGCAGAAGAAGAAGAAGAAGAAGAAGAAGAUAAUGAUGAAGCAGCUUCAGAUGAUGAAGGCAAGGUUUCUGCUACUGAGUCUUUGCAACUUAACAAUGAAGAAAAUGAGAAUAUAAAUGAUGAUAGUGAUUCAGGAUUGGAGGAUGAAAAAUUCGAAGAGGCCCAAGAGUCUCGUGAGGCAAUCGAAGACAAAUUUGGUAUCAAUGAUACAUUUUUCAAUUUAGAUGAGUUUAACAAGCAGACUUUGGAAGAAGAAAAUAACACAAACCAAGGUAAUAGUGAUGAAGAAAUUGAUUACUUUGGUGAUAUACCAUCUGAAGAAGAAGAAGAGGCUAUUUAUUAUGAUGACUUUUUUGAUAAACCGAAAGAAAAACAAGAAAUAGGAAAGGUGUCAAAGAAGUCUUCCGAGAACUCUCGCUCACAGAAGGGGAAGGAACAAGAGGAAAAUGAAUCAUUCGACGAGAGUGAGUAUGAAGACGCUAUGGAAGAGGCUAAACUAGAUCUAUUUGCUGACGAAGACGAUUACAACGGGUCAGAUGCCGAAGAUAAUGCCCAACCGCUAUCCACGUUCGAACGCCAACAACUGGAGAUUCAAAGACAAAUACAAAAACUUGAAGAAGAAGCGGUUGCUGAAAAAAAAUGGGCUCUCAAGGGUGAAGUGAAAGCUCGUGAUCGUCCAGAGGAUGCUCUUCUUACUGAAGAUUUGGAAUUCGAACGUACUGCCAAACCGGUUCCAUUGAUAACAAGUGAAGUAACAGAGUCUUUAGAAAAUAUGAUUCGUCGGAGAAUUAAAGAAGAAGACUUCAAUGAUUUGCAGCGCAGAGUCAUUACUGACGUUUCUGGUUUCAAGAGUAAACCAAAGUUCGAGUUGAGUGAUGUUAAAUCAUCUAAAUCUUUGGCUGAAAUAUACGAGGAUGAUUUCAAGGGAGUAACGGAAGACGUAGAGAUUUCUGAAGAACUACAGAAGAGCCAUGAUGAAAUUUCAGAACUUUAUAAGGAUCUAACUUACAAAUUAGACGCAUUAUCUUCUGCUCACUUCAUUCCUAAACCAAUUAAGAAAGAUCUUGAAGUCAGAGUACAAACUGCUGCUAUCUCUAUGGAAGAUGCACAACCACUAACAAUGUCUAAUGCUUCAACGUUGGCUCCUCAAGAAAUAUAUAAGGUAGGAAAAUCCGAAAAUGCCAACGAAAUAACUUUGAAGAACGGUGUAGUGAUGUCCAGAGAUGAAUUAACCCGUGAAGAUAAGAAUAGGCUACGUAGAGCUGUUAAGAGAAAGAGAUCUAAGUUAUCUUCUAAAAUGGCAGAGCAACCUAAGAAGAAGAAUAAGAAGGAUGAAGUUCUUGAAACUUUAAGCAAAUCUAAGAACAUUACAGUCAUCGACAAAAAAGGUGCUAAAACUGACAUCAAAGGUAACGUUAAGAAGGACAACUCAUCUAAUAGCAUCAAUUUCAAACUAUAG